GAUACUCAGACAGCAGAGGACUCGUGAUUCAGACUGUCAGUCCAUCUUUAUUGUUGGCAUCAGGAUCAUCAACAGCUUCAGUGUUGCAGGAGACACAGAUAUUCAUAUGAGUAAAAGCAGAAUCAAAAGUACGAUCACACCUGGUGAUUAUGACAGCGCUUUACCUGACAAAAAUCAAAAGAUUUCAAACAACAGGAUGUUGAGGUUCCUUCAUCUUCAUCUCUUUUCUGCUUCAGCAAAUCAGCAUUCAGGUUGAUCAGUUUUCUUGUCUAAACUUUCCAAAAGGCUCGUCGUUGUCGUCUGAUUUUCCCUCUCAGGGUCUUCUGGACUUUUCUUGUCUACGACUGAUACCUUCUGGUCUGAGUCACGUGAUCUGAGGCAGGACACGACCGGGGACAGACAGUGCAGCGGUUGUCCUUGAUCACCUUACAUCCUGAAUAAUCGGAGAAGCCGAACAGCCAGUUGACGAAGCCUCCGCACUCGCAGGGCUCGUGGCAGUUCUUCUGACAGUUCUUACAGCGAGUGACUUUAUGUCGGGCAGCUUCUUCAGCUAAACUGCUGCGCUUCAAGCUCGAGCCGAACAUCCUGCCUCAGUCGGAUUCACACUUCAGGACGUCCACGUCGUCUUCAGCUUUUCGAACUGCAGGUUUUUUCCAGAAGGAAAGAGGACAGAGGACAUAGUUCAUGGUUUAAGUACUGCUUGAUUCUGAUUUAGUUCACAGUUCAGCGACAUGUGAAACAUUGAGCGGAUCUCACUGCAGGAUUAUCAUCUGCCUGUGAGGAAAACAAAGUCUGACAGCUGAUUUUAAAUGGAGGACUUAAGGUCAGUGGACUGAGUGAAAAACACAGAUCUGAUCCUGUAACCCAGAGAGGAACAUGUUGAGCCUCUCAGACUUUCAGCCCAACUGGAUUCAGAAUGAAAACUUGAAGAAAAUAAUCCUCUAACUUCAGCUCGUGCUGUUCUAACGUCUGAUUCGUGUGCAGUUAAGUCCUGCUCCUCACGGCGAAGGACUGAUGUGUUCUUACCUGCUGCUCCGUCGCUGAAGCUCUGGGACCGACGAGGCUCGGGGUGGUUUUUAUGUGAGCAGAGAGGCCGGACCCUCAGGCCACGUGAUUUCCCAGAAACCCUGUGACUUCUAACAUGUCGGGGGGAGGAGGCGAGCUCGCUUAUCUGCACAAGCUUCCUGUGGACCCUCUUAUGUUUAUAGUGCAGUUUGUCGUGUUCAUGUUUUGUCUCCACCAGCACAUUAAACAUGUGAAUCAGGCUGCAGUAACAGUCCAGCAUGUUGUCCACCGUGCAGCUGGACUCAAACACACACACUUAAACUUUGUUUGUGUUCUUGUUGUGGUCUGACAUGUUUGUUCUUAUUUUUCCCUCUUGUGGCUGAUUGGUGGGCUGGAUUUGCUCUUUGAGGCUCAGUGGGGACUCGUCUUGUCUCGCCAAGCACAGAGACUUCCCCUUCCGCAGAGCUUCAAUCUGCAGUAUUACUGCAGUAUUACUGCAGUAUUUCCACAGGCUCCACUGAGAAACUUGAGUCUGGUUUAAUAUUUAAACCAAUGUGGGUCAAAUGUGAGCGGAUGUGAGUGUUUCUGUGACUUCCGGCUGCCGUAAAUCUUCAACGAGCCUGUUUGUUUACGGGGCCUCUCGCCCCCCGGCUGACCGUGCCGUUGCCGUGGCAACCCCGACGUCAUGGCCGCUUCCUGUUGACUGGUUUUUCGGUGCUCGUCGUCGGGAGUGUAAACGGCGCUUUUCGGGGUUUGUGGUGCUCGACAGGCGGACGUGUUUCACCGUCACGGCUGCUGGUUCGCUGCUUUCUGACGGUGUCCGCUGAACGUCUGUCGUCCUGUCGUCUGGACGUUCACAGGACUCCAGCGGGUCCAGACCAGACCAGGGACCACGGAAAAUGUUUACCCCGUUUUUGGACACCUGAUGAUAUGAAGACGUGUGGCCCCUGACGGUUUGUGUGAAGGUGUGGACCAUGGACCAGUGCGAGGAGACAGAGGAGGGAGUCCCUCCCUCUAAAACCACUCUGUGUGGGGAACCUGGCAGCCAGACCAAAGCUCAGAGGCCCGAGCUGCAGCAGAGACCAGACUCUGCUGGACCAGGACCUGCACCUGCACCUGGACCUGCACCUGGACCUGCACCUGGACCUGCACCUGGACCCAGCUGUGUGUCUGUGAAGAGUAAUGCGUCAAUGGACCCUCCACUUUUUUUUAAUUUAAGUAACCAGCAGCAGACCAGACCGGGUUGUCCUGAUCCCAGCUGUCAGUCCUGCAUCAGCAACCUGUCGAGGGACACCAUCUUAAACUUUAGAGGACAACCUCAGUCUGCCGAUCACAUAGUUGAGCAGGAGAGCUCAGAGGUUCCCAGUGGUCUGCAGCAUCAAACACACCUGGACUCCAUAUUUAUGCUGCUGGAGGAGGACAUUGUCAGGUUUGUGAAGAAGGAACUGAAGAGGUUCCAGAAGGUUCUGAGUUCAGAUUACCCAGAAGAGAGUCAGAGGGAGGAUGAGGAGGUGUUGGACGGUGAGGAUGAAGAGCAGAGGAGGAGCAGCAGAAAGGCAUUUCUGAAGAUCACACAGCACUUCCUGAGGAGAAUGAAGCAGGAGGAGCUGGCUGACUGUCUGCAGAGGAAGCUUCUUGCUGCAGUUUGUCGGUGUAAUCAUAAAUCUGAACUGAAGAAGAAGUAUGAGUGUGUGUUUGAGGGGAUUGCUAAAGCAGGAAACCCGACCCUCCUGAAUCAGGUCUACACAGAGCUCUACAUCACAGAGGGAGAGACUGGAGGGGUCAACGGUGAACAUGAGGUCAGACAGAUUGAAACAGCAUCCAGGAAAACCAGAAGACCAGAGACAAUAAUCAGACAAGAAGACAUCUUUAAAGCCUCACCUGGAAGAGAUGGACCAAUCAGAACAGUGAUGACGAAGGGAGUGGCUGGCAUUGGGAAAACAGUCUUAACACAGAAGUUCACUCUGGACUGGGCUGAAGACAAAGCCAACCAGGACGUCCACUUCACAUUUCCAUUCACUUUCAGAGAGCUGAAUGUGCUGAGAGAGAAGAAGUUCAGUUUGGUGGAACUUGUUCAUGACUUCUUCACUGAAACCAAAGAAGCAGGAAUCUGCAGGUUUGAGAAGUUCCUGGUUGUGUUCAUCUUUGACGGUCUGGAUGAGUGUCGACUUCCUCUGGACUUCCACAACAAUGAGAUCCUGACUGAUGUCACAGAGUCCACCUCAGUGGAUGUGCUGCUGACAAACCUCAUCAGGGGGAAUCUGCUUCCCUCUGCUCGCCUCUGGAUAACCACACGACCUGCAGCAGCCAAUCAGAUCCCUCCUGAGUGUGUUGACCUGGUGACAGAGGUCAGAGGGUUCACUGACCCACAGAAGGAGGAGUACUUCAGGAAGAGAUCCAGAGAUGAUGAGGAGCAGGCCAGCAGAAUCAUCUCCCACAUCAAGACAUCACGAAGCCUCCACAUCAUGUGCCACAUCCCAGUCUUCUGCUGGAUCACUGCUACAGUUCUGGAGGAUAAGUUGAAGACCAGAGAGGGAGGAGAGCUGCCCAAGACCCUGACUGAGAUGUACAUCCACUUCCUGGUGGUUCAGUCCAAAGUGAAGAACAUCAAGUAUGAUGGAGGACAUGGGACAGAUCCACAGUGGAAUCCAGACAGCAGGAAGAUGAUUGAGUCUCUGGGAAAACUGGCUUUUGAGCAGCUGCAGAAAGGCAACCUGAUCUUCUAUGAAUCAGACCUGACAGACUGUGGCAUCGAUAUCAGAGCAGCCUCAGUGUACUCAGGAGUGUUCACCCAGAUCUUUAAAGAGGAGAGAGGACUGUACCAGGACAAGGUGUUCUGCUUCAUCCAUCUGAGCGUUCAGGAGUUUCUGGCUGCUCUUCACGUCCAUCAGACAUUCAUCAACUCUGGUGUCAACCUGCUGGCAGAAGAACAACCAACAUCCUGGUGGUCUCAGCUGUUUGGAGACAAGUCAACACGUUUCUACCAGAGUGCUGUGGACAAGGCCUUACAGAGUCCAAAUGGACACCUGGACUUAUUCCUCCGCUUCCUUGUGGGCUUUUCACUGCAGACCAAUCAAACUCUCCUACAAGGCCUGCUGAUUCAGACAGGAAGUGGCUCAAAAACCAAUCAGAAAAUUGUCAAGUACAUCAAAGAGAAGAUCAGUGAGAAUCUGUCUCCAGAGAGAACCAUCAACCUGUUCCACUGUCUGAAUGAACUGAAUGAUGGUUCUCUGGUGGAGGAGAUCCAACAGUCCCUGAGUUCAGGAAGUCUCUCUGCAGAUGAACUGUCUCCUGCUCAGUGGUCAGCUCUGGGCUUCAUCUUACUGUCAUCAGGAAAAGAUCUGGAUGUGUUUGACCUGAAGAAAUACUCUGCUUCAGAGGAGGCUCUUCUGAGGCUGCUGCCAGUGGUCAAAGCCUCCAGAAAAGCUCUACUGAGUGACUGUAACCUCUCAGAGAGGAGCUGUGAAGCUCUGUCUUCAGUUCUCCGCUCGCAGUCUUCAAGUGUGAGCGAGCUGGAUCUGAGUUACAACUGCCUGCAGGAUUCCAAAGUGAAGAUGCUGUCUGCUGAACUGAAGAGUCCACACUGCACACUGCAAACUCUCAGGCUGUCAGGCUGUCUGAUCACAGAGGACGGCUGUGCUUCUCUGGCCUCAGCUCUGAGCUCCAACCCCUCCCAUCUGAGAGAGCUGGACCUGAGCUACAAUCAUCCCGGAGACUCAGGAGUGAAGCUGCUGUCUGCUGGGCUGGGGAAGCCGCACUGCACACCUGAAAUCCUCAGACUGAGUAGCUGUAACCUCUCAGACAGGAGCUGUGCAGCUCUGUCGUCAGUUCUCGGCUCCAAGUCUUCCAGUCUGAGAGAGCUGGACCUGAGUCACAACAACCUGCAGGAUUCAGGACUGGAGCUGCUGUCUGCUGGAUUAAAGCAUCCACGCUAUACGCUGGAUAUUCUCAGACUGAGUGGCUGUAACCUGUCAGACAGGAGCUGUGAAGCUCUGUCCUUCUUUCUUGGUUCCCAGUUCUCUGGCCUGGGAGAACUGGACCUGAGUAACAACAACCUGCAGGAUGCGGGAGUGAAGCUGCUGUCUGCUGGACUGAAGAGCCCAAACUGUCAGCUGGAGACUCUCAGGCUGUCAGGCUGUCUGAUCACAGAGGACGGCUGUGCUACUCUGGCCUCAGCUCUGAGCUCCAACCCCUCCCAUCUGAGAGAGCUGGACCUGAGCUACAAUCAUCCCGGAGACUCAGGAGUGAAGCUGCUGUCUGCUGGACUGAAGGAUCCACACUGGAGACUGGACACUCUGAGGGUGGAGCCUGCUGGAGUGCGAUGGCUGACUCCAGGUGUGAGGAAGUAUUCCUGUGAACUCACAUUUGACACAAACUCAGUAAACAAAUUCCUGAAACUGUCUGACGACAACAGGAAGGCGACGCGCGUGGAGGAGGAUCAGUCGUAUCCUGACCACCCAGACAGGUUUGACUGGUGGCCUCAGCUGCUGUGCUCAGAGGGUCUGACUGGUCGCUGCUACUGGGAGGUGGAGUGGAGGGGAAAGGUUGACAUAUCAAUGACCUACAGAGGAAUCAGAAGGAGAGGAGAGAGUGGAGACUGUGUGUUUGGAGUGAAUGAUCACUCCUGGAGUCUGUUCUGCUCUGGUGAUGGUUACUCUGUCUGUCACAGUAAGAACAGAACACUCAUCCCGUCUCUCCCCUCCUCCUCCUCCUCCUCCUCCUCCAACAGAGUUGCAGUGUAUGUGGACUGUCCUGCUGGCACUCUGUCCUUCUACAGAGUCUCCUCUGACAGUCUGAUCCACCUCCACACCUUCAUCAGCACCUUCACUGAACCUCUUUAUGCUGGCUUUGGGCUCCUGUCUGACAGGAGUGACUCCUCAGUGUCUCUGUGUUCUCUGCAGGAGCUCUAAUAGAAGUUUAUUGUGGACCGGCCAGAGCUCGGUUGUUGCUUUUGUUUCAGACUGUGUGCCGGGUUAGCGUCUGUUCAGGUGCGUAGGGUGCGUGUUGUGACACGGACCUCGGCCUGUCAAUGGAAGUGAAGAAACAUCUGCAGAACUGCCCUUUAAUCUCUUCAGAGAUACACGUUUUGUCACGAGAACAUCAGGAACCUUUCGACAACUCUCACUUUGAUUUGUGUGGCUACGAACCACAGAAAAGCAACAUUUGGUUCCUUUGCGUGACACUAAAUGCAUGUGAGUCUCAGUCUCUCUAACAGCUGAAUUAAUUUGAUGGAAGAACUUUGUGUUGAAUGUUUGAUUUGCUCAUAUAAUUGCUGUUGCAUGUGAAUAUUUUAUAUGAUUCUCAUUAUUACAUAGAAAUUGUGUUAAAAUCACGAUCAAUUGACUUUUUGCAUGUAAAACUUAAUUAUAAUUAAUUAAUUGUGCUAGUCUGAAGACAUGAGCCACCAGAUUGGGUAGAUGUCCACACAAAAGACAACAUGACUAACAUGAAUUUGAGGCUUUGACACCAAACGCCUUCUCCACACCUAAAAGUCCAUUUGCUCAGCCAAGACAAUAGCCUGAGCUUUGUUGUAUUUGUUUUAUUUAUUUAUUUUAAUGUCUUUUUAAAAUUUUCUUUUGUGCCUCAUUAAAGUACUCACACAAUUUAACUUUUAUCCUAAACAGAGCCGUAGUAUCAAACCGACAUGUUGUUUAUUUCCUUUUUGUGUUUUUUGUCACCACUAAGCUGAAAUUUGAUAGCAUUUUUGCUCAAAGUUUUCAUCCAGCUAAAGAUGUUAGCGUAGCCAAAUUGGCUUUACGAAGCUGGACUGCUGCUGCACAUCUCCGGCCUUUGGUGAGCCGGCAGCUGGGGCUCCUUCACACUGUAGCCCCGACUUACCAACGCUUCAGCAUGUAGGAACAAAAUCCUCAUCUUUCCUAAGAGUGAAAGAGUACAAAUAAUUCCUGAGAGAGGCAGAUUGGCCUCACAUGUCACCUUCCUGUGAUAACACUUUGAUAAUAUUCUUCAGAUCAAUAUCAUUUAUAUCAAUAGUUUAUUAUUGUUUCUUUAUUUUCUUCACUGUGUAAUCCUUACUGAUGUUUUAUUUGUUCAGUUCUUAGUAAGCAUUUAACUUUAAAUAAAUGUCCUCAUUUAUGAGGAA